AGAUGAUGGGGUUGUUCCGGAUUUCUCCCUUCCCUUCUCUCCCAGACUUCUUGAAAUCCUCUCCUUCUAUCGUCUUCUUCAAUUCCUCAUUUGCUUCUCAAGCAAAGCAUCCAUCUUCUAUCAUUCUAUUCAUUCCUCAGUUAGUAUAUAUAAAAAUCAUCAUGGAACCCCUCUUUAGCACAAAAAAUUCACAUCCCCCGAUUAUCAAUAUUCAAAUCAAACCCAAAAAAUCUAUCCCUGAUCUUAUUGACAAGAAUAAAUGGCCACAUCAGAAACAGCUGUGGGCAGUAUACCAAGUACCAAUAAGUAUACGAAUAGGGUCUUCUUGAAAACUAUAUUUGAACGGGGAGAUGUUGGCCAGAGAGUCGUAAUUGGAGGGUGGGUUAGGUCUUCUGAGGAGAGAAAGAAGGAGGAUGACCUUCACCCGGUUGCGGAGAGUGAAGGUGUGAGCUGUGUGGAAGUUCUUCUAUCCAGUUUCCCCCUAAUCUGGUCAAUCAUUAAGGUUUUUAGAGGAGAAGGACAAUCCCGGAUUCGUGAGAAUCCUAAUCCGGAUGGAGUAAAACUGCCGCCCCCAUCAUUUACGAUUCUGAAAGUCAGCGAUGGCUCCUCUGUGAAGAUUCUUCGGGUUGUGGUGGACUCUGAGCUAGCAAUUCCUUCCCAAAUCAUGCCUACUGGAACGUGCAUAUUAGCAGAAGGUAUAUUGCAGCAGCCAACGUCUACGGGAAAACAUGCUCUUGAACUGAAAGUAGACAAAGUUCUGCAUCUUGGGACCGUUGACCAUAUUAACUAUCCACUGUCGAAGAAACCCUUGUCCUUGACGCUUUUAAGGGAUUGGUCUCACUUCCGAACAAGAACAAGAACGGUGGCAUCUGUUAUGCGAAUACGCGAUGCCAUUACUCAAGCAUUUCAUACCUUCUUCCAAGAUAAUGACUUUCUGUAUGUACACAUGCCCACAAUUACCAACACCAGCACAAGCGGAUCUAGCAAGGAAUUUAUAGUCACAACUCAACCACUAACCAAUAAUAAUAGUCAUGACUCUGGUCUAGAGGGGCUCAAAGCUGCCUUCAAAGAAAAAUCCAAAGUAGUUGAAGAACUUGAAAAAAGUGAAAACAACAAGGAAACCUUGGUUGCUGAAAAGCAGAAGCUGGAGAUGAUAAAGGAUUUUAUAUCACGUGCAAAAGCCAUGAAAAAAUCAUCAUUUAGAAGAUCACGUUUAAAAGGAGAUAAAAUUAGUUUGACUGGUUCUGGCCGCCUUCAUCUAGAGAGUCAAGCAUGUGCACUUGGAAAGGCUUAUACAUCUGGUCCCAGAUUUGAAGUGCAGAAAUCAGAGCUGAAAAAAUCCUUACCAGAGAUGUUGAUUGUUGAAACUGAAAUGGCUUUCUCUAAAUUAGUGGAUGCCAUGAACUGCGCAGAUGACCUCUUAAAGUUUAUAUGCAAAUCAGUUCUAGAAAAUUCAACUCAAGAUGUGAAAUUUCUCUCGAAACGGCUUGAUAAAAGUAUUAAGGAGCGCCUCAAGUUCAUGACAUCAUGUUCUCUCGAAAGAAUUUCUUAUUCAGAUGCUGUUAAGGUUUUACAACAGGCCACUGAAAAUAAAUUUGGAAAAGCUAUAGAAUGGGGAGUUCCACUAAAUGAUGAACACACCAGUUAUCUGGUGGAUGAAAUCUACAAAAGGCCAAUCAUUAUAUACGACCAUCCAAAAAAACUGAAACCUUUCAAUGUGCGACUGAAUGAUGAUGCAGAAACAGUUGCAGCAUUUGAUAUAGUUUUGCCAAAGGUUGGAACUGUGAUUAGUGGAAGCCAAAGUGAGGAACGCUUGAAGACUCUAAGCUCUAGGAUAGAGGAGGUUGGGUUGCCUAAACAACAGUAUGAGUGGUACUUGGAUCUUCGAAGAUAUGGUACUGUGGAGCAUUCCGGUUUUAGUCUAAUGUUUGACUCUCUUGUUCUCUUUGCCACUGGGAUCAAUAAUAUCAUAGAUGUUGUUCCUUUCCCUGUAAUUCCUAGAAAAACCAGUGCUUAAUACUCCUAUAUCAGAGUAGUAUUCUACAAUUGUCAGAGUAGUUCCUCUGCAACAUACUACUACAUGUACAUAUACCAAUGGUUUCAGGAAAGUGUUGAGAAGAAAAGUUGUUAAAAGCUGUUAACUUUAGAUACAAUUGUAAUUAUAAACGGAGUUUGUAUGUAAAAACUCAUCUAAAAAAUAGUUUUAUCUUUAGUAACCUCUAUGU